AUGACUACAUUUCAGCAGUAUGCCUUUUCACUGCGCAAACGCCAAGAAAUGAAGCACAUACAAAUAAGAAACAUAGCUAAAGGUAGCGGACGACGCCUAAAGUGUGAGGAAUUUCCAGAGCUACCCAUUUGUUUAGAGUAUGUAUUCGGUGAGGGUGACAGAAUUCACAGAAGUGGCGGGGGAUUGGAAGCACAUCCAAAACUACUGGAUACUACUUUAUAUAAAGCACUGGACAAUGCAACGUCGAUGAAACAAGCUAAAGACUUUAUUUCUGCUUUAAACCCAAAUGUGAAAGUGUCGCUAUCAACUUUGUAUAAUUAUACAAUGAAUUACAAAAAAGGUACUCAUCAAGCCAAAGCACAUCAUCACGUCAGAGGUAUAACAGCUAAUAUAUCUUUACACAAGCCGCCAAAUACGGCUGAGAUUAAACACCCUAUAAACGCGCACUGGUCUACUGCUAAUGUAAAUUAUUUAGUCGAUUUAAGUGCUGAAAACCCCGACUCUCAUCUUGUGGAUUCUAAAGAUGCAAAAUGUGUUGUGUGCGGAGACAUUGAUUUGGUGUUGAGACCAGGAAAGUCUUGGCAGACUUUUGAGACCCCUGAUCAUACAUUUGAUCAGUCACGAAAAAAUGCUAUUACGCCAAUUUCCCACCUUCUCAUGGAAACAAAAGUCAGUCAACAAAUUACUACAAAUGAUGAUGUCCAUUGUCCGGUACCUUGCACUGAGAGUACAAUACAUCUAACAAGAACUGGACAGGCCAUUACGCUAAUAAAUAUUUCAUUCUUCGAGCCAGAAACUGUGUUCCGAGUCUUUAAUGAAUUUUUCUAUCUUCUUUCCUUACCUUCAUUGGAUGCUUAUUUUCGUAAUCCUAAAACAGGAAAGUUAAAGGAAGUUAUAAGUUUCGUUGUUGACAAUGGACCAUCAGAAGCUCCGUCAAAUCUCUUAGUAAAGUUGCUUCUCGUUCGCCUCAGAAAUCUUUUAAACGUCGACAGGGUUACUCAAAUUUCUUUUGCCGAGUAUCUUAGCAAGAGAAAUUAUGUAGAACGAGUACAUGCCGUGGAGAAUAACCUUUUAUCGGCUCACGGUCCUUUUAACUCAAAACAGGUUCAUAGUGUAUGUGAUACUGGUAGCGAAAAGCACAAAGAGAACAUGGAAAAAAUGGCACAAGGCGUAGUUAGCUGUUUAAACAAAGGAUCGUUUGGUCAAAGGCCUCUAUUGUGCUUUAGAGGCAUUGCUGAUCAAAUGCUUUUCGACGACGAAGAUGUCCUUAAGACGUUUGCUGCAUUGUCCGAUUACCGCAAACAAACUUAUGAUGUAACCUAUGCUCCAGUCAAUAACGCUAUCAUGAGCUAUUUAGAAAAUGUAUGGGGGUUUAACAAAGGUUUUGUUGGCAGUUAUUCAUCAGAUUAUAAAACCUUACAAGAAUAUGCUUAUUGCGAUAAAUACUCGACAACCGUAUAUAGGGAUGACGAAAACUGGACAGGAACUACAUUACCAAGGUAUGAGCGUCAACCGAUUCCAGACUAUCAUAGGUGGAUUAUAUCUGGAGAAUAUCAUUACUUGUCAUAUGAGCAACGUCGCAAUCUUCUGCAUGGUCCUUGGGACAACUGUCCUGAGCUUUUCCUACCUGAACGCAUACUAAAAGCUUGUUUUAGAGCUUUCCCAAAUCCUGCAUCCGAUAUGAUUAGUGCAAUUUCUUUACUGGCGUGGGUCUCUGAGAAAGACGUUCAAUGA